AAAAAUGUCUGGUAUUUAUAUGACAAAUUGACUACAAUCAAAUGGGUUUUAUGGUAUUUCAUUACGAUACAAACUAAGUAAAGGAACUUUAACAAAAGCAAUAAUUGCGUUUAAUACACUUUGUGAGUAGGCAAAAUGCAAGAUUUUAUUACAAAGCGUAAUGCUUUAUUUGCCUGCCUUGAUGAUGCCAGCAAUGAGCUCAAGGGAACUUCUUUGGAUCAAACAAAUUCUUUGAUGGCACUUGAGGAUAGCAAAAGAUUGCUAUCUAAAUACAAAAACGGACUUAAUAUUCGUGAAAUUUCAUCCGAAAAAAAUUUAAAACAUCUAAGGGGCAAGGAAAGUAUUUUUAAGAAACCAGAAUUGCCAAUUAACAAAUGUUUAAAACCACGCAAAAUUCCCGACUAUCGGAUCAAUCCCCACAAAUGGAAAAAAUAUUCCCUUACUGAUAUAGAUAUAUCCGAUCAUACAAACACAACGGCUGCAUUAGCGUUUCUACAACAAAUGGAUAAACAGCGAGAAUUACAGCAAAGCGACAACGAAAAAUUCGACGUUAACACGAAAAUCGAGUUUAAAAAGUCGAGCAAAAUUGAGAGGGAAUUAAAGAUUUUGGCGGAGAAAGAAGUCGCCGAUGUAGAAGUUGAUUUACCCAAAUUGAAAGGAUCCAAAUUAAUAAUGCCCGAAUAUGUGGUCGGUCAAACCAUCAAAAAAACGAAAACUAAAAGAAAUUAUAGAAAAUGUUUAUCCAGAACGAAGGAACAUGCCAACGGGCAGCUGUUGUUAACACAUCUUCAAGAGGAAGGCGAAGAGUGUGAAGUUGAUAAUUGCGACAGUUUUGAAUAAUUAUUAAUGUAGAUAUAAACAUUGACUGAAAUAAACUCUUGGAACUCUUGAGAUGAUAUCAAUUCAUUUUUGGAUUGAAGAGAAUAACAAGAACGCAGGGAUUUCUAUAUAGUAUCUCACUAACAACUUAUGCUAUAUGAAUCCAUCUUGGCAUUUUGCUUAUCAAUUACGUAUUUGUUUGAUUUGAAUCCACAAUUUAAUCACAGUCGAUAUUGUAAUGACAGAUCAUUAGCUUUGCAAACAUCUCAGAAUACGAAAAACAUACAUGAAAAGUGGCUCUAGGUUCAACUAGUCUAUACAUCACUCAUUAUCGCAA